UUCACGAUGAGAAAACAUAAAACCAUCGAUUGUUGAACUUUUAUUUCACAAGGCGAUUUAAAAAGUCACUACAAGCUGUAAAACUCGAGGUAAAUAUUGAAAGAAUUAUAGCAUCCGCCCUUGUCUAUUUCCCCUUCAUAUUUUUGCAGCUUUGGAAUAAUAUGGGCCCUGUAUUCAUUUAUCAUGUUACCAUAAAAAGACCAUUUGGAUAAAAAAAAGAGUAUAAAAGGACAUUAUAGCAUAAGUCUGUUUCAGGCGUCAUCGAGAGAGAUCACAUAAAGCGUUUCAGUUAGCUAUAUUAUUGUUAUAUUUUAGAUUUUAUGCUCUUUUGUAUAUAUCAUUUCUUUUCUUAUCGGAUACGCAGAUAGUAUCGCCCGAGGUCGGAGUCACGCAAAAACGCUCGGGCUGCUGCAAAGGACACUAAUACGCAGAUUGAUCCAAUAACUUGGUAUAGCCAACUAAAUGUUUAAAUAGAAUCUCAUUAAUCGCGUGACAAGUAAUAUUUUCAAGCCUCUUUAUUAGUAGCAAAUAUAUACUGUGUUCAUGUUUUGUGUUUUCAAUGUCUGUUUCGAUUUAUACCUUUUGCCGCAAUAUGUUCAACCUCUUAGUCAUUUGAUACAAAUUGUAUUCUGCGUGCGUAUUUUGCCUUUUUCGCUUUGUUGCACAUCCUACACUAAGAUUAGCUAAUAAGAGACCAGCCAUUUGAUAUCUUACUGGGAAGUAACAGGGUUUUUUUCCUGCUUUCUUUAUAUAUAUAUUUUUUCUCGACCAGUUACUUUUUUUUCUGGAAAGUGCCUUUAAGUCAACGUGAUUACUUUUUGUUGCUUUUUUUAUAAAGCUUACAUCUUGUUCGAAUAUCUUUUAUUGUAUUCGUGCUGACCCCACAGAUAUCAAAUGGUCGGUCCCUAACAGAAUCAACGCUCCAAAUUAAAAAAAAAAGGUAUCCGAAAUAGAAAGGAAAUUAAGUCUUAUGGAAAGCCACCACACAUAGGAUGCUAUGACAACUAACAGCCGUGCUGGAAAUGCAAUAUGGAUUCCAAUUGAUAUCUUUUUAGAAAACAGGUUUUAGAAAUUCUACUAUUAGGGUUAUCGAAUACUGAACAUUUCAUUUGUAAUCAUUUAUUACACCCUAACAAUUCACCCUUUACCGAUAGGUACGAGCGGCACAUUUCGUGAUGUUGAACGCAAACUUUUAAGGGCUUCUUUAAAUUUCGCUAUGUUUAUAUUUCAUUGUCUCAUAACAAAAAGAAUGACCAAUUGAGAUCGGACCGACAAGUUCGCAACAAGAGGCGUGAAGCGUCUAGCUGAGGAUGAAAGCCGGCGCCAUUGCAAAAUCCCCAUCUGUUCUCAUUCUCAAAACGCGCUUGAAUGGGAGAUUAUGCUCUCGCCUUACUGUCUAACGCUAUCACACGACGCCUAUUAUUAUUUGAGUACUUAUUACGUGUCCUAUAUCUAUGGUCAAGAGGCCAUAAAACGCACUAACAAGAGGAAAAGAAAGCCAAUGGCCCUGGUGGGUUAAGAUUCAGACGCGUCGUUAUUUCGUGAGCGCGAUCUACGGCGAGGGACAGUACUGCCCGUUUUCCCGCCAUGAUAGCAGAACUACUUGUGAUUGCCGUGGCCUUACUAGGGAUGACCUUCCCUUGUGAAGCAAGGCCGGCGUCGAGGAUCAUCACAAUUAGCCAUCAACACAGAGAAGACAGGCUUGUUGGCCAGCAACACAAAGAAAAAAGGCUUGCUAAAAGGGAUUCCCGCGUUGUUUUUAAAAUCGGUGUUCGUGAGAAAGGGCGCCAUUACUCAGAGCUGGUGGAGAUCAACAAAGCGCGUCAGACGGAGUUCGUCCAUGUCCCUGCACACCUCGGCCUCGACGAGGCGGAAUACCUCCACGACUUCGUCAAGAAUAUUACUAUGAUCAAGCUACCGAGGAAAAAGAUGUGCUAUCUUUCUAAACUAGAAGUAGACCUUCCGCGACCAGCCGACCUCGAAAAAGACUUCCAACAGCCAAUUUCUCCGAGCGAGGAAGUACUAAAAGAAGUAACGGAAUGGAGAAUCAGUGGACUCCUGAAGCAGCGGAACAUCCUGACUUUAGAGAUGAGGCAAUUAUGUUCCGGGCUACCUGUGUACCGUUUGGCAGAGAGGAAUGACGACCACAUAAGUGUCCUAGCAACUAGUUCUCAAGGUAAUCGACUUACAAAAUUUAGCGUGACUUUCAUAGCAUCAUGCGUAUCUCGCGGCUGUACACCGAGGUGUGUAACUGACAAAAAAAAUAAAGUAAUUCAAGAGCAAGAGAUACAGAGUUUGAAAGGCUAAAUUCUAAACAACAAAAUUCCCUCAAUUGAAGCUGAAAUGCGCCUUGCUUUGCAACGCGCUACCUGUUUUUACUUAGAAAAUCCGGCCAAACUACGUUGCGUAAUCUGAGCCACUACCCCUUGAGGUGUGAGCAGUCCCCGACGCGAUAUCCGAAACCUAUUAUUAUUAUU